CCCGGCCCCGGUCCCGCCCCGCCGGCAGACCCGGCCCCUCCUAAGCCCAGCGGUGCGGCGGGGAAGCAGAAGGGAGCGGCUGCCACCAUGUUGUGCGGGGGCACCUCGGCGGCCCGGCCCGCCACCGGCGAGACGCAGCAGAUGGUGGAUGAGGUGAAGCCUCAGCUGGAAGAAAAAGAAGGGAAAACGUUUGAUGUCUUCACUGCAGUGGAGUUUAAAACUCAGGUGGUUGCUGGAACCAACUACUUCAUCAAGGUCCAUGUUGGCAAUGAUGAGUUCGUGCACCUGCGGGUGUUCCGAAGCCUCCCUCACGAGAACAAGCCCCUGAGUCUCCACAGUUACCAGAGCAGCAAGGCUAAGCACGACGAACUGACUUUUUUCUAGAAACCUUAUCCUGUGCUUUUUCCUAAUGGUUUCUUCUGUGGGUUUUCUGUAGGCUGCAAAAUGUUGAUUCCUGUGCCAACAAAGGAGAACAGAAAGUGUCUUUUUUUUUUUUUUUAAACUUAAUGCUGGAAAAAAAUCAAUUUCUUUUAUGCCGUUCCCUUCCUGUGCAAUACCUGUAUUUGUAGAGUCAGGCAGCUCUCCUUUCACCUGCACUAAUGCAAACCCCAAGUAGCUGCACUGACUUUGGUGCAACUUAACUGGAAAACUGUGGCUGAGUCCAGUUUGUGGAAUUCCUUGGUCUGGAAGUUGAGAGGGGAGUGACAGCAGCACUCACGGAUUUACAGCAAGGACCAAGAGGAAAACCAGGAUCUUUUCUGUGCUGUUUCACAACUCUGAAUAUAUCUGUAGGUUGACGUUGUACGAGGUAUUUUAUUGGCAAAGACCUGAAGAGAGACUUGAGCUGAAGCAAUUUUGAAAGCAAGAGAAAGAUUAGGGUCUUUUGAAACAAGCAUUCCCUUGCAAAUCAUGUCUAUCCUCUUGCAGCGGUAGGAUGUGAUGUCCAGUAGAGGGUGUGUGAGUUAAAAACUAAAGAAAAAAACCCUACUUGCUUAUUUUCUCAGUCCUAAAGAAAAGUCUUGGAAAGGAACUUGAGCUGGACAAGUGUUUCUGCAUUAAUAACAAUAAAUAUUUCUCUUGAAUUGAGAUGGCA